AUGAAGAGAUUGAUGAAUGUCAUAAGAAAAGGAACUCUUUCUACUUUAGAUGAACAGAUACAAGACACAACGACUCAAGAAGAUGAUAAAGCCACACAGAUACAAAGCGAAUUCGAAGCAAAACUCGCAGCGAGGAAGAUUUUUCAGAAUGUUGCUGAGACUGGAUCAAGGGACACAUAUAUCGAAGACUUUAUGCCUGCCAUUUACGUCUUCGUUAUGCAUCCUUUUGAUUUCGGUGACCGGUGUGAAAUAGAUGGUGUCCAGUUGGUUGUGGAAGAGAUGAACAUUUUGACUACUGUCUUUCUUCGAUUCGAUAAUCAAAAGAUCGUAUAUCCGAAUAGUCUUCUCCUGACAAAAGCUAUUGCUAACUAUUACUGCAGUCCCGACAUGCAAGAUACUAUUGAGUUCUUUGUUCAUAUAGCAACUCCACCUGAAAAGAUAACCGCCUUGAAACAAAGGAUACUCAGAGGAUUGGAUAUCGAAUAUCGGUUAUAUCCUCUUAACAUCAAGAUCAAAAGCAUUCCUCCUACUACUACUCCGAUCACUUCUGGUCGCAGUCCAUCGAGCUGGAAUCAAAACCAAAAUGCUUAA